AUGAGUUCUGUGGAUGCAGUUAAAUGGUUUGCACUGAUUUUGCUAUGUAUUUCAACAGUAACAGCUGAAGUUUACAGUUGCGGUGGUUUUGUCAAAUCACCAGAUGUUCCAAUCGAUUAUUCGAAAUUACAGGUUAAACUAUUUACUGCUGAAGGAAAUUUAAAAUUUGAAACAGAAUGCAGUCCAACAAAUGGUUAUUAUAUGAUUCCGGUAUAUAACAAGGGCGAUUAUUCAAUACGUCUUUUCGCCCCUGAUGGAUGGUUCUUUGAACCAAGUACUUUUGAUCUGAAAGUAGAUGGGAAGAAUGAUUUAUGCACCAAAGGUGAAGAUAUAAAUUUUGUUUUGAAUGCUUUCGCUGUGGAAGGUAUGUUACGAAGUGGUGAUGGUCAUGGACCUGCCGAUGUUGCAUUGAUUCUUAUUGCCGAAAAUGGUACCAUUGUAUCGGAGUCAAAAACGGUUGCAAAUGGUGCAUAUCGAUUUCGAGCAUCACCCGGAAAAUAUUUAGUAUCAACCGCAGGUAAUAGCACAGAAUGCAUUGAGCGUGGUAAAGUACCGAUAUCGGUUACGACAUCACCAGUUCGUGUAUCACCAGAUUUGAAAAUAUCUGGACAUUUAUUGACAGUUGCUGUUUUAUCCAAAAAGCAUCAAAUAGCUGAAGUUUCAGUAGCACUUUAUUCGGAAACUGCUAUAACGUUACAAUAUUGUGAUGAAGAACAAGAACUAGCUGAUGUGGAAAGAAAAGGAGGAAAACUUGGUCGAAAGCUUGCUUGUAAAAUAAAAACUGAUAGCAAAGGUGUAGCUGAAUUCCCAUGUCUUCCGCCAGGAUUGUAUACCAUCCAGCCAUCUCUUUCCACCGACAAAGUUCGUUUCAGUUUCUCACCGGAAAUGAAGGAAAUCACCAUGGGGUCAUCCGCGGAAAAGGUUAUCUUCAACACGCUUGGAUUUAGUAGCAAAGGUCAAGUGCUGUUAUCUGGACAGCCAGUUGUCGAUGCAAUUGUUUAUGUAAAUGGUGAAACAAAAGGAAAAACCGAUGCAAGCGGAUGGUAUACACUUGACGGUUUACAAGAUGAGGAUUACAAAAUAACUGCCAAAAAGGAUCAUUUUGCUUUCAAUACGGUAAGCAUCAAGUUGACUGCAAAAAAAGCUGAAAUUCCGGAUAUCGUUGUGGAAAGUGUAGACGUGUGUGUUACGGUGAAUGCGGAAGAAAGUACUAAUCACGUAAUGUCGAUCGUUUUUACAAAUGAGCAAACGAAAGCCGUGAAAUCACUGAAUACAAAGAGCGAUGGAAAGAUAUGCAGUUUGUUAGCAGUUGGUAGAUAUGUCGUAUCGGUUUCAUCCGUAAGCGAUGCAGUAAUGACGCCAAAACAACGUGAAAUUGAUUUGUCGAAAGGUCCUGCACUUGAUGUUGUAUUUAAUCAGUUCAGAACUGAUGUGAAUGUUCGUGUCAUCUGUAUAGAUGAUUGUGGUACUUUGAAGAUAGAACUGUGGAAGGAAGAAGUAUUAAUAAAAAACCUUGAGGGCAUUGAUCAAUUUAUUUUUCAUCAAGUGGCACCGGAUUCCUACAAAUUGAAAAUAGUUGAUAACGGUCAAUUUUGUUGGGAAAAAACUGAAAUGGAUAUCGUUAUCGAACAUGCUGACUUGGAUAACCUCAUAUUUCGUCAAGUAGGAUAUCGAGCAACAACCCGAUUGUCACAUCCGGCUAAAGCGAAAUGGAGCAUGUUGGAAAAACCUCAAGUUAGUGGUUCGCUUAAUAUACCAGCUGGACAGUUUUCUUUCUGCAUUCCUUUAACCGGCAUUUAUACCGUGAUAUUUGAAGCUUGUCAUAAAUUCGACAAGCAGUCAUAUGAAAUCAGUAUCCCACAAGAAGUUCCACUUGUUGCAUCUGCUUCGAAAUUUCUGAUUUCUGUUUCGAUUGAAUUGGAUCACAUGGUGAAUCAGCUUGAUGAUUUUGCCUUAUCUGUCAAGUCCAGCACUGACGAGCAAAUGAUUCCGGUAAAUUCUUCAACAGAAAAAAGACUAGCUUUCAUAUUCUAUUUAUCAGCUUUGGAUGCUGAUGCCCAUGUUAUACUUACACCUCAAUCGAAAACUUACCUUUUCAAUCCAACUUCUCAUAUUUUCAAGUUCAGCGGUGAAUGUCAUUUGGACGAAAUAACUUUUAAAGCUGAUAAGGGUAUCUUUUUGGAAGGCCGAGUGGUGCCAGCUGUUAAAGGCGUGAAUAUCCGUUCACCACAUACAAGUGAUCCAAAUGUCAUUCUUGAAUCAGUGACUGAUGCUAACGGCAAAUUUAGGAUAGGUCCAGUGCGAAGUAUUAAAGAUUUCGAUAUAUCAGCUGAGAAAAGUGGAUAUAAAUUUGAGAAAACAGAGAAGUUAGAAGUGUUGAACGCCAUAAAACUGUCACAGCUGAUCAUUAUUGCUACUGACGCUGAGACUGGUGAACCACUUUCUAGUGUACUCAUUUCUUUGAGCGGUACUGAGAAUUAUCGAUCGAACAGUUUUAUCGAUAAAAUCGGGAAAAUCAUCUUCGUUGGCUUGCGACCUGGCGAAUAUUUCUUGCGUCCCAUACUGCAGGAGUAUAAAUUUGAUCCAAAAUCAAUCACAAUAAAUAUUAAAGAAGGUGAAUUUGAAACAGUAAACUUGAAGGGGCAUCGAUUUGCAUAUAGUGUUUUUGGCAAAGUUUCAUAUCCAACUGAUCAACCAGCACCAGCAGUGACUGUUGAAGCAGUGUCAGAGCAAUGCAAUCAAUUGCAAGAGGAGGAUACAACGAAUGAAAAUGGUGAAUAUCGGAUUCGUGGUCUUCAUCCGAAAUGUGUCUAUCGGUUGGUACUAAAAACACCGAGCGGUCAGCGCUUGCAGUCGUACCCAACACAUUAUGAUAUCGUGGUAAGUGCUGAAGAUGUCAAAGGCAUUGAUUUCGUGUUAAUACAUAUCGAAGAGCGGGUAGAUGUUGCUGGUAGUGUUGUAUUUGUUGAUACUGAUUCACCACCGCAGUAUAAAAUUGGUCUUUACAAAAAUAGUAAUUUGGUUCAGCAGGCAACCGUUGUGGCACCUUCUACCGUAUUUUAUUUCGAAAUUCCUACCGUGGAUAAUGUCGUAUAUUCGGUUCGAUUUGAGACAAAUUAUGGUACAAUUAAUCAGAAGUUCGAUUCUAACGAGGUCUUUUUCACCGCAAAUGAAACAUUUAAAGCCGUAUCGUUAAGUAUAUAUCCGCAGCGGAAAUCUGAGGUGGAAAUAUCUGGUGGCAGCUAUUUCGCACUUCCAUUUUUCUUCCUCAUUGCAUACCUAUUUUUCAAUCAUCAAAAGGCUAUCUCUUUUGUUGAACAAAUAUUUCUUCGACUUUCGAACAUAUCGUUACCCCACCGUAGUUUAUCACCUAACGACGAUUAUGUUGAUGCAGCUAGAAAACGACAAAAACUGAAAAAAGCACAGUAGUGAAGUAAUUGGUGAUAAUGGAAUUAGUAUUGUUAUUAUUAUUAUUAUUAGGUAUUAUUAUGGGAGUUC